AUGCUCUCUCCCAGGGUGAGUAAUAAAAUGGGUUUGGAAGCUGCCGUCGAAGCAGCGGCUGCAUUGUUGAACAAGGCUGUCAAACCAGUUAUGGUGGGUGGGCCGAAACUUCGUGUUGCCAAAGCAUGCAAUUCCUUUGUCGAAUUAGCAGAUGCUUGUGGCUAUGCUCUCGCUGUGAUGCCAUCGGCCAAAGGGUUAGUCCCUGAGCACCAUCCACAUUUCAUCGGGACUUACUGGGGCGCAGUGACUGCUCAGGAUGUGUCGACAAUGAUUCGAUCUGGACAGAAGUCUAUCAUCUUCUUGAUUAACAACGGUGGUUACACCAUUGAAGUAGAGAUCCACGAUGGGCCUUACAAUGUAAUCAAGAACUGGAAUUACAUUGCAUUAGUAGAUGCAAUCCACAAUGGUGAAGGAAAUUGCUGGACAACUAAGGACGACACCAGCAAAGAGCUACUCGAAUGGGGUUCUAGGGUCUCAGCAGCGAAUAGUCGCCCUCCCAACCCUCAGUAG